GCUGUCAAAAACAAUGAAAGACUUAAAGUAGGUCAAGCUUAGUUAACAUCUAUUACCAACUGGCUUAUUCUUUUAGCAAAUUUGGUUCCAGUUUUGGUCGUAUAUAAAUUUAUGGUCUAACAGAACUAAUCAUCAUUGUUUUACAACUUGUAUCGUUUAGAGUUGUAGAAAGAGCGGAAAAUGGCCUCAUUCCUCUUGAAAAGUGUCCUUGUUGUUGUAGCCAUCUUUUCCAUUUCUUCGAUAGCUCAAGCUAGUGAUCCAGAUAUCUUGUCUGACUUCGUUGUUCCUGUAGGAAGCUCUAUAGAUGGGAACUUAUUUACCUUCAAUGGUACACGUGGAAUAUUUGGCAGCGUCAUUGAAAAGUUCAAAGUGACAAAAGCUAGCAAGGCAGAGUUUCCGGCUUUGGAUGGCCAGAGUGUUUCGUUGGCAGUGCUUCAGUUUCCGGGAGGUGGUGUCAACCCACCCCACACACAUCCUCGUGCGGCUGAAGUGCUAUUCGUCAUUCAAGGUAGUCUCGAGGUUGGAUUUGUGGACACUGCUAAUAAGCUUUACACGCAGACUCUUCAAGUUGGUGACUUGUUUGUGUUCCCUAAAGGACUAGUGCAUUAUCAGUAUAAUUCUGAUUGGAAUAAAUCAGCAACAGCCGUUUCUGGUUUUGGCAGCGCAAAUGCUGGAACCGUUUCUCUUCCUACUACAUUGUUUUCUACAGGGAUCGAUGAUCAGAUUCUCGCCAAGUCUUUCAAGUCUGAUAUUGCCACUAUUCAGAAGAUCAAGACUGGUCUUUCACCGUAAUACAAUUCUUUCUGUAUUUUCAAGUCUACAUUUUUGUUUCUUAAUGUGGCGAUUAAUCU